CUCUUUCUAUCUCUAUCUCUAUACACAAACAAAGCAACGGCACACAAUAGGAAAUUAGAAAGAUCUCUGCCUUGUAGCGCGAUCGGUUUCCUCGUAUAACGCACUAUUUUGUUGUUUUGUUUGCGUUGUUCUCUCCGGGAGAAUGCCGACCAUUGCCGGCUCCGCCGGCGGAAGCCCCCAUACGCACCACCGUCGUCAUUUUACAGAGGCCCCGAACGCCGGCGAGAAACUUUCAGAUCAGGCGCAGAGCUCCUUCUCCGGCGAUUUUGGUGAUUCGGAACACAGCAAUGCCAAUAGUGGUAGUAAAUGCGGCGGCGCCGGCGCCCACCACCCGGCUAUUCGCUACCUUUUGGUGCGUAAGAGGGUGCCGGAGAAAAUUGUCUAUAGAGGAGAGGAAUUCGUGUCCAGUAUUUUGGCGAUUGUGCAGUCUUUUAGAUCGAGGAAGAACACGGGGCGGUCGGUGCUUGGGCUGCUGCUUGCAUUGGUGAUGGUCUCUGUGUUCCUCAAAUUCUCCUUCUUCAUAAAUGGCAAUGUCGGCGAGGUUAAUGAAAGCUUGAUGAGGUUAACGGACAAUGGCCAAUUGGUCCUCCAGAAUUUCAAGAAUGCUCAUCAGAAAAUCGUUUCUGAAUCAGACUCUUCUCCCUCUUCUUCCGGCGAUAAUGUUGUUCUCAAACGUCAGAUGAAGGAAGUUUUUGUCCCAGAAAUAUGGAUGAAACCAAACAGUGAUAACUACUAUAAAUGCAUUGCUCGAUCAAAGAAUGAAAUAAGGAGACCAGCAAGAAAUGAUUAUAUCUUGGUUCAUGCAAAUGGAGGACUAAACCAAAUGAGAACAGGAAUAUGUGAUAUGGUUGCUAUAGCCAAGAUUCUAAAUGCCGCUUUGGUUCUUCCUUCUCUCGAUCACGAGUCUUUUUGGACUGAUACUAGUGAUUUCAAGGAUAUCUUUGACUGGAGGCACUUCAUUGAAGCUUUGAGAGAUGAUAUUGAGAUUGUUGAAUCUUUGCCAGCAAAGUAUUCAGUGGUGGAACCCCUGGUUAAGGCGCCUGUGUCUUGGUCACAGGCUAGCUACUACAGAGGAGAGAUUUUGCCAUUGCUAAAGAAACAUAAGGUAAUCCAAUUUACACACUCAGACUCGAGACUUGCUAACAAUGGCUUAGCUGCCUCUAUUCAGAGGCUUCGUUGUCGAGCAAACUAUGAGGCUCUUCGGUACACACCUGAGAUUGAGGAGCUUGGAAAAAAAUUGGUUAAUAGACUAAAGAACAACGACAAUCCGUAUAUUGCUCUUCAUUUAAGAUACGAAAAGGACAUGCUUGCGUUUACUGGCUGCAACCACAAUCUGACUGAAGUAGAAGCUGAGGAACUUCGCGUUAUGAGGUAUAAUGUGCAACACUGGAAAGAGAAAGAGAUAGACAGCGAAGAAAGGAGACUGCUUGGAGGGUGUCCUAUGUCCCCGAGGGAAGCGGCCAUGUUUCUGAAGGCAAUGGGGUACCCAUCCACGACAAAAAUAUACAUCGUUGCAGGGCAAAUUUAUGGUAACAACAGCAUGGAUGCAUUCCGCUUAGAAUACCCCAACGUGUUUUCACACUCAACACUCGCAACAGAGGAAGAGUUGGAACCUUUCAAGCCAUACCAGAACCGCCUCGCUGCAUUGGAUUACAUUAUAGCCCUUGAAAGUGACGUAUUUGUUUACACGUAUGAUGGUAACAUGGCAAAGGCAGUACAAGGGCACAGGAGGUUUGAAGGUUUCCGAAGGACCAUUAGCCCUCACAGAUUAAAUUUUGUAAAGUUGAUAGAUUCAUUGGAUAAGGGUGAUAUUUCUUGGAAUGAGUUUUCUACUAAGGUUAAAGCCUCACAUUCCAAUAGGCUUGGAGCUCCAUACCUUAGAGAAGGAAUUGACGAUUCACCCAGAUUAGAGGAGAACUUCUACGCAAAUCCCUUCCCCGGUUGUAUCUGUAAUAGAUCCCACGAUCAAAUUAGUAGCCAGCAACUUGUUAUGAAGAAGCCAAUCCCGGAAGUUGCUUCACAAAGAUAGGGUUUUGUUUCAUGAUAGUCAUAGGUUGUAAAUCACACCGACUCCAUACCCUAAAAACGGGGGCUUAUAGAUCCCAGAAUCCAGGCAGCAUAAAGAGGGUUUUGAUGAAGAAGUGAAGAACUGAGAAUGGCGGUAUACAUAUCAUAUUGUUUACAAAGAAGAAGAUAUUAAUGGCGGCAUGCUAUGCUGCACAGAGGAGAUGAUACAGAAUUGUUCAUGGGUGUGUUGAUGGAUCAAAUUUGCACAUAUGAAAGCUUUGUUGUUUCAAUGCUGUAAUGGAAAUACUUCUGCUCUGUUGCAUUUUGCAAAGGAAUUUGUUGUUUUCUUUUACGGAGUACUGUACUUUGUUGUCAUCUGCCCCAUUCUAAUGUUUGAUUUGGGCAUAGGAAGACCACCACAGUCUGUCUGUCUUUAAGAUUCACCUUUGUGUAAAAAAUAUUGUAUUAAUAACUUAAUCUAAGUAUUUAUAUUACAAAAGAAAUUAUAUUCC